UCCUGGAAUCAGGCUUCAGUUCAAAUUAUAUGAUUCUCCCCCUCUCUUCCACACUCCCUCACCGUUUUCGUCUUCUCCCAUGGCGGAAAACACCGACGCUUACCCCCUCCUCGUCAAACAUUCUUCAGCCCACAAAGGAGGCUGGCACGCCGCAAUCUUCAUCAUCUGGGUGGAGUUCGCAGAGAGAUUCGCUUACUAUGGUUUGUCCGGAAACCUGAUAACUUACCUGACGAAUGCUCUUCAUCAGCCAAAUACGGCGGCGGCGAUAAACGUCAACACUUGGACCGGCGUUUCGUCGCUCUUUCCUUUGCUUGGGGGCUUUGUCGCUGACUCAUAUCUCGGUCGUUUCAACACCAUCGUAGCGUCGUCUCUCAUCUAUCUCGUCGGCAUAAUACUUUUGAUAUUGUCGGUGUCAGCAGUGAAGAACGCGACUCUGUUUUUCGUUGGGCUUUAUGUAAUAUCCAUCGGCGACGGUGGCUACAUGCCGUGUGUACAAACCUUCGCUGCCAAUCAGUUCGACGAUGGCUCGCCGGAAGAGAGAAAUGCCAAAAGCUCAUUCUUCAACUGGUGGUAUUUGAGCACCGUGGCUGGUGGGCUUUUAGCUACUUUCCUCCUAAUAUAUCUCCAGGACAAUGUUGGAUGGGCUACGGGCCUUGGGGUACCAGCGGUUGUAUUGGUGUUGGCACUAGCAAUGUUCUUGUUGGGAAAAAACCGAUACAGAAAGGAAGGCCCAACGGGCAGCCCAUUCACAAGAAUGGCCCAAGUUUUCACUGCUGCAAUUCGGAAAUGGCGCGUGAAAACCACGCGUGAACCUCAUACUUACAGGUACGGCGAAGAAGAGGAAGAUGAUGAGUCCCAGCUUCAAAGCAGUCAACCAAAUUCUCACUCUAUAGCCCACACCAAUGAAUUCAGAUUUCUCGACAAGGCAAUGAUCAUUGAUGACUUGGAUGCCUCAAGCAAAACUAGAAACCCAUGGACACUAUGUUCGGUGAAUCAAGUUGAAGAAGUCAAGCUUGUUCUUCGCCUUAUACCUAUAUGGCUAAGUUGCUUAAUGUUCUCUGUUGUCACAGCUCAACUCCACACAUUCAUGACAAAACAAGGAAGUACAAUGGUUCGUUCAAUCGGACCACACUUCCAAAUCCCUCCAGCAUCGCUUCAAGGAGUUGUCGGAGUCAUCAUCCUCAUCGCUGUCCCUAUCUACGACCGAGUUUUCGUCCCCUUUGCCAGAAAACUCACCGGACACCCAUCUGGCAUCACAGUGUUGCAGAGAAUUGGAAUAGGUCUGUUCUUAUCUGUACUCAACAUGGUUGUUGCGGCUUUAGCGGAAGCCAAAAGGGUUAGCAUUGCUAGAGAGAAUAAUCUUCUUGACAAACCCAAAGCUAUAAUACCAAUGAGCAUCUGGUGGAUGCUUCCUCAGUACUUCAUCUAUGGUGCUUCUGAUGCAUUAACUGUUGUAGGGUUACAAGAAUUGUUCUAUGAUCAAGUGCCAGAGACGAUGAGAAGCUUAGGAGCUGCUUCAUAUUUAAGCUUGUUAGGUGUUGGAAGCUUUGCAAGUAAUGUUGUUAUAACAGUUGUGCAACAGAUUAGCUCAAGAGCCGGUGAGGAAUGGUUAGGAGACAAUUUGAACAGAGCACAUCUUGACUCUUUUUAUUUGGUUUUGGCUGGUUUGAGUGCUGUGAGUUUGUGUGUUUAUAUUUGGCUAGCUAAGAAGUUUAUGUAUAAGAAUUUAAAGAACAUAAAUGCGACUGGUCAAAGCUUGUAACAUCAUCAGCAUGCAUUGUAAACAAUAUGGAAGUC